CCACCUUUUCCCCGUUUGCGCAUUCUUACAAGUCGCCGAAAGGACAUAUGAGUGGCUGCUGCUUUCUAGACUCCUUGUUUCUGUACCUUUCCGUUGGUGGAACAGGCUAAAAGAUCGAGAGAAGAGUUUUACUUCAUUCCCGAGUUCCUGACACUGCUCCCAGGGGUUCAGCACCAACGUUUCUCAGAACGUCCCUUCCUUGAAUUGUUGAGCGUUGUUUUUCUGUAAUUUAUCUCAGAAGCGUCCUGUAUGGAUUCCCAGUUACACUCACAGGCUGUAUGGGUGUCUUCCUGUCUCAGAACCUCCUAUUUUGCUCCACCAUUCCUUCCCGGUCGUUUGCUGUCCCUCUCCAGAGACGUCUGACGGCUGUUGUGGAGAACUCUUCACACUGCAGCGUCUACGCUUUUCCAAGUGCCUGCUGCGGCUCACUGCCAGUUCACUCUUCAGAUGUCUCCUCUCUUUCUCGGCUGUAAACUUCUGUUCGGGGUAUCUACCCGUGCUGGGUCGCUCCGUUUCCAGAAGGAAACGCUUUUCUGAAACCUUUCACGCUUUGGCAGAGACAAACCCCGCGCUCGACUCUUCCCAGUUCCACUGUCUGCUUUGUUUUUUCUACAGUUCUUUCUUCUCUCAGACUGUUUCGUUCGUGGAAAUACCUUUUCUACAGCUCCGUUUCGUUUCCUGAACUCUUCAGAUUUGUAGCGCGUGUCGCACACCUUUCCAAAUCGUUUGUGGCCAAGAUGAUGAAGAAGUUUUCUCUCGAAGAGAUUUCCUCCCAGAACGUCGCCAAGUCCUCAGCCCAUCGGGCCAUUCGAGCUCAGAUUCUCAAGCAAUACCCGCGGCUGGAACAUGUGAUCGACGACAUCAUUCCGAAAAAGACUCCCUUGACUUUGGUGAAGUGUCAACGACACAUCACGAUGAUCGCCAACGGCAAACAAAUCCUUUUUUUCCAAAGUCGCGACGGCCCUUGGGUGCCGACGCUUCGGCUGCUGCACACAUACCCGUCGAUGAUGCCAAAAAUGCAAGUUGACAGAGGCGCGAUCAGCUUCGUUCUGCGCGGUUCGAAUAUCAUGUGCCCCGGCCUGACGUCACCAGGGGGGCGCAUGGAGAACGUCGAGGCUGGAGAUGUGGUGCAAGUCACUGCAGAGGGGAAGUUGAACGCUUGUGCGAUCGGCAUCGCCACUAUGUCGACAAAGCAAAUCUUGCAAGACAACAAGGGCAUUUGCAUUGAGAGCUAUACUUAUCUGACCGACGGGCUGUGGCAGGUCCCCGAACUCGACUAAGGGCACGGUGGCGUUUGCGGUUCCACCCUUUAGAAAAAUCUCGUUCUAGGUCUGAGACCGAGGAUGUCUAAAGAAUUUUUUUUCCCGCCUUUCGCCGACAAAACGUGGUGAAAGACUCUUUGUGCGCCGUCGUAUACUUGGAGUUAGCGGUGUGAAAGACCGUCUGUUGGUUGUCUCUUUAAACACAAGGCGCGUGGUGCUCUACAAAACACCAGGCGCUUCCGUAGUCCCGUGGGCUCAUUUUGGUGGCAGGAGAGCUGAAUUUUUUCUCUUGCAUGAAUAAAGGCAGCUUUCGAUUUUGGGGCAGAGUUGCUGCCAUAGAGAAAGCACAAAUGGUCACUGUAACACGUGACACAAGCGUAGUAAGCGGGUGGAGCAGAACGGCGAUUCAGGUAAAAAGUGUCAGCCCACGUACCAAAAAACUGUUUUGCAUGCGCACAACAAAGGAUGCGAACAAAAUAAGCUCUCGAAACACUCUUAACAAUAACAAUUACACUUACGAAAGAGGAUUAGGGGGGGUGCCGCUCGGACCUGGGUAGAGCCUCUAAAUUCCUCCCCAACAAUGUAGCGCAUCGCAGGUCUGCCGUCCGUAUGCGUUCCAUCGAAUGUUGGCAUCGAAAUGUCUUCGACCGUCGACAAAUUUGGAAUUUAUGAACAUUCUGUAGUCUCUCGGCAACGCAGGUCAGACUACAUAACCGAACACCGGAGUAUUUAGAGACCGGAGAAACCCACGAAAGUUAGACAGCGCUUAGCAGUGAUACGAAACACGCACCUACGCAUAGGACAGUUCCUACAUGCGGCAGGGCGUCGAAUGUUGCACUUUGAAGGGCUGAAUAUUCCUCAUUUAGGUCAAGGAAGUCGGAAACAACAAAGCAGCCGAACAAUUUUCUCACAUUUUAACAUCCCUGCUGGCUUUGAAGCACAAACUCACGCUCGGCACGACGGCAGCGAGCAGAAAUUGCUUUACCUCUGGAAGUCGACAGAACUAGCAUGGGGACCUCUCAUGUCACACAGCACUGGCUCGGCACGCUCUGAACCAUCCAAGCAAAUCCCGAAAAGAAAAUAACUAAGAAAAACGUAAGUCCGGAGGAAUAGUCUCGCAGUUGAAAUGCUGUUACCGCCGGACUACACGGGAACGAUCGUCAGGGCACUCGGGAAACCCAUCAACUUACUGUAGCGAACCGUCAAAUCUACAUGGCGAUCGACGACGCCUAAAACCGCCUCUGACAAUGCAAUCCUCGCAGUUGCGGUGCAGGGAAGCUUCUAUAACACACCGAGCACACCUGGUGAGUAUGUCGUUGUACGGCACGAGAAGUCACGGUACGGCAAUUGAAUUGCGAGGUAAAAAUUCCACGGGCCCGAAACAGGUUCCAGGUUGUGCGCCUCGGGAUCUGGGAAGAAACGGCCCUCAGGAUGUUAACGUCUUCGAUCAGCUCGUCAUCUACACCCGCCCGAUCCCUUAUGGAAAAGGUGACUACACGGAAAAUGGUGAAUAUUUGACAACCUGAUCCUGAUCGGACAAUUUCUGACAUCUGUUGGGUGUCUCGUAUUGCAAACUACACAGCGGCAUUCGCUAUUCUUCUCUGAAUUUCGCUAAUAAGACAGCAGUU